CAUUCUUUUUCAUCUCACAAACAAAAACACAACACACACAAACAAAGCUGUGAAGAUAUAUCAAUAGACAAAACAAAUCACAUCAACUAUCAACCUGAAGCCAAAGGAAAAGGAAAAGAUAACAAAAGUGAGAAGCAAUGUCAAAAGUUUCCCUUAUUAGAUUGUCAUUGUUUGGGUUCCUGGUGAUCGCUGUCGUCACUCCAUUGGCGGAAGCUACAAGAAAGUCUGUCGUUCUGGGAGGGAAGUCAGAUGUUCCGAAUGUUCAGACCAACAUGGAAAUUCAAGAACUUGGAAGGUACUGCGUGGAGCAAUUCAACCUAAUGGAAGAGAGUGAGCAAGGAAACGCAGCAUCCAUUGCGGACACCGCCGUGUUGAAUCCGUUGAAUUUUAGCAGAGUUUUGUCGGCUCAGAAACAGGUCGUGGCUGGUCUAAAAUACAAUCUAAGGAUUGAAGUGACUCAACCCGAUGGCACGAGCAGGAUGUUUGACUCAGUUGUGGUUAUUCAACCAUGGCUCCAUUCGAAGAAGUUACUCGGUUUCACUCCCGUUGCUACUCCUGUCUACUAACUUUAUUUCUUUAUUGGCCAAACAAGUUUCUAUAAUAUAAUCCAAAAAGAUCAAAAGUGUUCAAUGAUAUGAAGCUAUUAACAAUGGUUUAAUAGUUGGUUUUGUAAUGUUUCACGUUGUUCAUAAUGAAGACAAAAGAUGUUAUGAAGAUGUGAUGAGAGACUUGUUAGAAUAUAUAAUGCUAAAUUUGUUCAAUCCAAAAAACUAUUUUUACAUCA